AAAUAGAAAACUAAACCAAAAAAACAAAAGGGGAGCGAAGAUGCUAACUAAAGCGGCAGUUUCGAUUUCAGUUUCAGCCUCUAUUACUACUGCUGCCUCAUCCAAGUCUCUAAUAUGUCCUUCUCAUCGAUUUCUGUGUCUGAGAAGGCUUUCUUCUCUGCGCUCCUUUUCUGCUUUACGCAUCGCAUGGAGAAGUAGCAAUUGUAGUUACAACAACAAGUCUGCACGAACAAUGGAGAGAGUUACUUUUACAACAAGGGCAUCGGCUCAACCUUUGGAAAACGCCGACGAGCUUGUUGACUCCGUCGAGACUUUUAUCUUCGAUUGUGAUGGAGUUAUAUGGAAGGGAGAUAAAUUAAUAGAUGGAGUCCCCGAAACUCUUGAUAUGCUUCGGUCAAAGGGAAAGAGACUGGUUUUUGUUACCAACAACUCAACAAAAUCUAGAAAACAGUAUGGUAAAAAAUUUGAGACACUUGGUCUCAAUGUCACUGAGGAGGAAAUUUUUGCGUCAUCAUUUGCUGCUGCUGCAUAUUUGAAGUCCAUUAAUUUCCCAAAAGAUAAAAAAGUUUAUGUGAUUGGUGAGGAUGGCAUCUUGAAGGAGCUUGAGCUUGCUGGAUUCCAAUACCUUGGUGGGCCAGAUGAUGGGGGAAAGAAGAUAGAACUAAAGCCAGGGUUUUUAAUGGAGCAUGAUAAAGAUGUUGGGGCUGUUGUCGUUGGAUUUGAUCGAUAUUUCAACUACUAUAAAGUCCAGUAUGGAACACUUUGUGUACGUGAAAACCCAGGGUGUCUUCUCAUCGCUACAAAUCGUGAUGCUGUCACUCAUCUCACAGAUGCUCAGGAAUGGGCAGGUGGUGGUUCUAUGGUUGGUGCCAUCUGCGGAUCCACUCAACGUGAACCACUUGUUGUGGGAAAGCCCUCAACUUUUAUGAUGGACUACCUUGCGAACAAAUUCGGCAUUCUCAAGUCUCAGAUAUGCAUGGUUGGGGACAGAUUAGAUACUGACAUUUUGUUUGGACAAAAUGGUGGAUGUAAAACUCUACUUGUUCUCUCAGGUGUGACCAGUUUGUCAAUGCUUCAAAGCCCCAACAAUUCCAUACAACCAGAUUUCUACACCAAUAAGAUCUCAGAUUUUCUUUCUCUGAAAGCGGCUACUGUAUGAACAUAUCAUAAUUAAUGCAGAUGAUAUACUGACAAUGGUUCUCUCAAGGCCGCAAGGAAGAAUUGAAUGAUAAUAGAGUAGCAUUUGCCUAUACAGUCUGCUUGUUAAGAGAAGACGUAAGGAACCGUUAAUUGAGAAGAAGGGAAUAUUUAGUCACAGACGGAUGAAACUCAAGUUCCAGGAAAACAGGGCUGAGUUGCAUCAAAUCCCAUUUGAGGAGAUUCUUUAAUCACAGGAGGCACAUGAUGGAAACGUCUCAAUAUUGACAUCGGAAGCCUUGUUGGGAAUGACUGAUAAUUGACAUAGAAAAGUACCUCAAGGUCUAGGUUGUUGAACGCAAUAAUUAAAAAACUUGAUCGCAGAUUGAUCCGGUGGUAUCAUCGAUUUCCAGUUCAA